UUACGUCUGGAAUCCUGCGUUCAUCUGCGCAGCUUUCAUUCUCUCCACUGGUUCUAUUCCGACAGUAGUUAGCGGCAGAGCACUUUCCAAACAGCACUAACUCAAAACAGGGUUAGGGUUGAUCUUAUAGAUGUCAGACUGAAGACAGUCCGAGCCACCACUGGUACUGACACAGAGAUAGGUUUAGUAAAGUAGGGCUGGACACAGGUGGACUUUCACGUCGUCGGCGUUGUGACAACAACAUAGACCAACGCAAUGAGCAGCAAUAAUGAACUCCGCUUUGAUCCAAAGGAGCACCAGCACCUGCGCUACAACCCUCUCCGGGACACAUGGGUUCUGGUGUCGGCCCACAGGAUGAAGAGACCUUGGAGUGGCCAGGUGGAGAAGGAAGAGGAGGACCAAGUACCUCAACACGACCCAAACAAUCCCCUCUGUCCUGGGAACACCAGGGCCAACGGAGAGGUGAACCCAGACUACAACAACACAUUUGUGUUUGAGAAUGACUUCCCAGCCCUGCAGCCUAAUGCUCCUGACCCAGGGUAUAACCAACAUCCACUGUUCCAGUCUAAAGCAGCCAGGGGCGUCUGCAAGGUGAUGUGUUUCCACCCCUGGUCCGACGUCACACUGCCUCUCAUGACGCUUCCUGACAUCAUCAAAGUGAUUGACAAGUGGACAGAACUGACGGUGGAUCUAGGCUCCACCUACCCCUGGGUCCAGAUCUUUGAGAAUAAAGGAGCAAUGAUGGCCUGUUCCAACCCCCAUCCUCACUGCCAGGUGUGGGCCAGUAACUUCCUGCCUAAUGAAGCCACCCUGUCGGACCGCUGUCAGAGAGAAUACCUGAAGACCCACGGAGAACCUCUACUGCUGCAGUACGCUAAGAUGGAGGCAGAAAAACAGGAGCGUGUAGUGGUGCAGAAUGCUGAUUGGCUGGCUGUGGUUCCAUACUGGGCCACCUGGCCGUUCCAGACGUUGCUGUUACCACGGAGACAUGUCCAGAGACUGACUAACCUCACCGCCCAGGAGAGAGAGGGACUGGCCUCCAUUAUGAAGAGACUCUUGACUAAAUAUGAUAACCUGUUUCAGAUCUUUCCCUACUCCAUGGGCUGGCACGGCGCCCCUACCGGCCCCUAUCUUAAAGAGGACCAGUUCCACUGGCAGCUCCAUGCUCACUAUUACCCCCCCCUGCUCCGAUCUGCCGGUGUACGCAAGUUCAUGGUGGGAUAUGAAAUGCUGGCGCAGGAGCAGAGAGACCUUACACCUGAACAGGCUGCUGAACGACUGAGGAACCUUCCAGAAGAACACUACAAGACCAUUCAGACGGCAGGAAAGAUUGGUGGAGAGACACCUCUGGCCCUACCACGUCACACCUCUACCAAACCUCUGACUCUACCACACCUCUGACUCUACCAUACCUCUGACUACCACAACUCUGACCCUACCACCCCUCUGAUCCUUACCCUACCACACCUCUGACCCUACCACACCUCUGACCCUUACCCUACCACACCUCUGACCCUACCACACCUCUGACCCUACCACACCUCUGACCCUACCACACCUCUGACUCUACCAAACCUCUGACUCUACCACACCUCUGAUCCUUACCCUACCACACCUCUGACUCUACCAAACCUCUGACUCUACCAAACCUCUGACUCUACCAAACCUCUGACUCUACCACACCUCUGAUCCUUACCCUACCACACCUCUGACUCUACCAAACCUCUGACUCUACCACACCUCUGAUCCUUACCCUACCACACCUCUGACUCUACCAAACCUCUGACUCUACCAAACCUCUGACUCUACCAAACCUCUGACUCUACCACACCUCUGAUCCUUACCCUACCACACCUCUGACUCUACCAAACCUCUGACUCUACCACACCUCUGAUCCUUACCCUACCACACCUCUGACCCUACCACACCUCUGACCCUACCACACCUCUGAGCCUACCACACCUCUGAUCCUACAACACCUCUGAGCCUACCACACCUCUGAUCCUGAUCCUACCACACCUCUGAUCCUGACCCUACCACACCUCUGACCCUACCACACCUCUGACCCUACCACACCUCUGACUCUACCACACCUCUGAUCCUUACCCUACCACACCUCUGACUCUACCAAACCUCUGACUCUACCACACCUCUGAUCCUUACCCUACCACACCUCUGACCCUACCACACCUCUGACCCUACCACACCUCUGAGCCUACCACACCUCUGAUCCUACAACACCUCUGAGCCUACCACACCUCUGAUCCUGAUCCUACCACACCUCUGAUCCUGACCCUACCACACCUCUGACCCUACCACACCUCUGACCCUACCACACCUCUGACCCUACCACACCUCUGACCCUACCACACCUCUGACCCUACCACACCUCUGACUCUACCACACCUCUGACCC